AUGGUGGGUCUCUUUGGACUUAAGUCAAAGGCAUCUACAGCAAUUGUUACUGUACCUCUCAUAUUGAUCACUAUUGCUUACAACGAGUACUGCAAAAUCCGCUUCCUCCCAUCAUUCAAACAUUUCUCAAUACAGCUUAUAAUCGGCAUCAACCUUGCUUGGACCGUGUUAGAAGAAUUACCAACAAACUUGAACCAACCGUUGCUUGCUUGGGACAGACUCAAUCUGAGGGAAAAAGGUGAUGGGCUGGUUUAA